GGCGAAUAAAUUUACGAAUCGAGGUGUGCCUUAUGCACACUAUCACUAGCACUUACAUCGUGCUCAGUACGGAAUACGGAGUACAUCUCAUAUAUGCGACGAACAACGCGACAAAGCAGUUCCGUCCGAUGCGAUCUGGCUGCACUCUAGCGCAUACUUGCAGUAGACAAUGAACAGCCGAGCAGUGAUGGCGCAUAGAAACAGAAUGGCGAGAUUUUCUGCGCCCGGUUCUGGAACUCUGCGAGCUUCGCUCGAAUCCUCGGGGCAUUGCACACGUCCAUGUCGAAGUUGUGAAGCAUGGCCAUAUGGUUCAGUCUUUUAACCGUCGGCUUUGCAGCCGGCAUCUCUGACAUCUUCCCUAACCUUGUCGAUGUCUUGCUUUUCGUCUUUUUCUCCGCCGUUCGGCGACAGCAAGCGCUUGAGGCCAUCCUUGCGCUCCUCCGCCGGCUGGUUGAGACCACCGUCAUCAUGGGCACGACCGCACUGCUUGUGUUUCUUCCCAGCCGGCUAUCGUCCCUGCUGAGCGCACACCCGCAGGUCGGCACAGAGGAGCCGCGAUGGAAUGGCCCGGGAAAGGUGCUUCUGCUCCCCUGCCGGACUUCCCACUCGCGCUUGUUUCCGCAGAAGCACUCGUUCUCGUACUCGUGCCUCACCGUCGGCGUGCCUGUGGGCUUCGAGGGCAAUGCCGGUGGAAUGGUCUCGGUCGGGCGCAGGAGUAGACAGAACCUGUUCUCAUGGCUCUCGUCGGAAGCGUGGCUAACCGUUGACGCCGGCGACUACCUGGAGCGCGGCAAGUCGGAGCUCGGCCUGCGAGGGAAGCUGGACGAGUAUCUUCGGACGCAGGGGGUCGAUCCGGCGGCAUACCCACAUGCCUACCUGGUGACUGCCGCUCGCUUCCUCGGCUAUCACUUCAACCCCGUCUCGUUUUGGUACCUGUACGACGGCGAAAAGCGGCUGGCCGCCAUGAUCCUGGAGGUCAACAACACUUUCGACGAACGGCGCAUGUACUUCUUGACGUUAGACAACGGGGACGAUUCGGCAAGAAAGAACGGCCGCCCAGCGGAAGCUCCAACAAAGACGGAAGAACAAGGGAAGGGAGACAUCCAUCUUCAACACACUCUGUUCUUCAACCGCACCUGGUCCAAAGACUUCCACGUCUCGCCCUUCAACUCCCGCGACGGCUCCUACACCCUCGCCGCCCGCGACCCCUUCCGCCCUUACUCCCUCCCCAACGCCACCACCUCCUCCUCCACCCCCACCCCAACCGCAACCGCCGCCACCGCCACCGGCAUCACAAUCUCCAACACCAUCACCCUCCUAUCCGCCACCACCCGCCGUCCGAUCCUCCGCGCGACCCUCACCUCGCACCCGUCGCACCCGGCCGUCGACCCGUGCGCCCUGACCGCCGCCCAGCGGCUGCGCUUCCUGGCGUCCUGGGCCUGGACCGGCCUGCUGACGUACCCGCGCAUCCUGCUGGAGGCGGGCGUGUUGUGGCUCUGGCGCGGGGGGCUGCGCGUCUGGACGCGACCGGAGCCGCUGCGCGGGACCAUCGGGCGGCGGGCGGACGGCGCGGAGAGCGCGCUGGAGCCCGUGGUCGGGCGGUUUCUGAGGGACUGGGUCGAGCGGAGGGUGCGGGCGCCGGUGGUGGUGAGGUACUUUGCGCCUGGGCGUGAGGGGGUGGUGAUGCGCUCUCGGGCGGCGGCGGCGCGGGUUAGCGGGGAGGAGGGGGAGGGGGAGAGGACUAAGAUGGGGCAAGGAGAGGAUGAAGAUGGGUUCGAGCUCAGGGUGCUCAGCCCGGUGUUUUACAAGCGGCUUGUGUACUAUGUGGACCCGCUCGAGGGUCUCGUCGCUGAGGCAGAGGAAGGAGGCACGAUCUGGGUGUCGCGGCCGGAUUUGCUGCGCCGGUUGGUCUCGGAGAGCAACAACAAGAUCAACAACGAGAAGACUGCUCAGGCGCGCGAGUCGGUCGGCUAUUGGGAGCAUGCUCAGUUCAGAAUGAUCCAGUACCUCCGUACACGGUCGAUGCGGGUCGGAAGGCCGCUGGAGUCAAGCAAUAACGCCAAGGCGCCAAGGCAGCCUCGGCCGGAGGAUUUGGCUACCAAAGACUGCAGCAAGCCAUCCCACUCAUGCAUGGAUGCUUAUGUCUGGUCGCACGAAUCCCCGCAAGACCGGGCGACGUACAGGCGCUGGGUGCUGAAACUGUUGCUGGCAGACAGGAUCGCGCUAGGGGACUUGCCGCUGCUCGAGCUGCAGCUAUUCGUCGGGCGGGCGUGCCUGGCAUGGCUCCUGUCAUCUGCCGUGAAGGGGAUUGGCGAUCCGUGGGCGGGAGUUUCCUGGUUGGGCAGAUACUGGCUGAAUGAAUUGGGGGGACCGCCCAAGGGUUCUGCAUGAAGGGAGACCACCUCACGGGACACUCAACAUGCAUGAUACCUGUGGAAUUGCUUCCCUAGUACAUGUCGAUUGGUGUUGCAGCAUUCCAAGCUUUCAGGCCCGAGAACCUGGGUUUGGGUUUGGUGACGGGGAGACAUGGCGGAUUGUGGGAUGUUCAACCAGGUUUACGGGGGAUCAAAAAUACGAGAGCAGGGUCGAAGGCCGGAGUUUUCAUCCGAAAUCCCGAGUAACCACAGCAAUCCGUCUAGCUGGCCCGUGCUUAACCCGCAGAUGUGGCGGCCUAAUGUACGAGGCAGCAACGAAAAUGGUCCCGGAAUUCCAAAUACUCGACAUUAGUCUGCAGAGCUGCGGGACCCCGCCAG